UCAGAAUGACGUCUGGGAGAAAUGCGCACGCAUCCGGUCGCUCCGCAAACUAAAUCGCGACAAAGUUAUGUAAACAUUGGUGUUUACAAUCGCUGUUAUCAAAGAAAAAAGUGCUAAACAAUAUUAUAAAUUUUAACAGCGCCUUUGUUAACUCAAAACCCUCGUCGGUAGCAGUGCGUUGACUGUUUUGAUACCGGUAUCCGUUCUACAAAAUCGCUGCAUCGAUUUUAUCAAGUCGCCAACACUUUUAUGUGCUGCGAGUCCAAAACAAGUUUUUACGAGAGCAUUCGGAAUAACUUAAAGUGAUGUGACACUGUCGUUGAGUGGAGUGAACUAAAAACAAUGGAUUUAUUUGUCUGCAUCUGGUUGAAUAGCAAGUUUCGUUAACUGUUUAUGUUUACACACAAGCCCGCGUGUGAUAAUUAUAACUUUCAUAGUUUGAGGACGUCGCGAUUGCCGUUAAAAUUGUUGUAUAGUGGGAAGCGUGAUCCCAUGGAGUUAUAAAUAGAAGGGCGUCGUAGAUUCAAAACCCCCGACCCACGCAUUAACACACAUACGUUUUGGGGAUUACGAGAUGUUGUAAACGUCCCGCGCGAUGUUUGUGUACUGAUUUUCGAAGCCCCACCGAUCCGUGGAUACUCUGGGUAUCACCGCGCACGCUUAAUCCCUAUAUUGAAUCAAGAUGAUGUGGCCUUCGUCUCAAGCGAGUAAAAUUCUCACAUUUCUACUGUUCAUAGUGGUGGUUUACUGCAUAUACAUGGACACUUUCCUGUUCCUACGUAUACAGAAUUACAGAAUCGACAUAUACGAGAGUGUAGAGAAUGCCACCCAAGAAUCCUCGACACACAAGUCGAUAAAACAGCAGAAUUACGAAGAUGUGGUAUGGGUGCCCUGCACAAUAAAUCCACUCUGCCAUCCAACUGUGAAAGCUUUAAUGGUUGACCACAUUAAUCAUUACAUUUAUGGCCCGCUGUGCGCGAUACUCGAUAUAGGAUUAGGUAUAUCCGAGAGAAUGCUAUUUCUAACGCCGAAUAUGAUUUCUUUCUUCCACGUGCUCAUAGCUUGUUUGGGAGCGAAACUGUUAACGUGUCAGAGUUUAGUGGCCCGUCGAUCAGCUAUCGUCCUAUUCCAGAUACGAAUGUUUUUGGACGACUUGGACGGUCACGUCGCUAGAGAAAGGAAGCAUAUUAAAGGUGAGAGAUCAGAGGUCGGCAGCCUCGGUUAUUGGGUCGAUGGAAUAUGUGAUUUGCUAGGCGUCACUGCUAUGAUUAUAGGAAUACUGUUCUAUUUGAAAAACAAUCCGCCGAGACGAGGUUACAAAGGAACUCCAGUCAGCACUUUGCCCUAUCAUCAAUUAAAGGAAAUCAAUUCGAGCGAGGAUAUAGAGAAGGAGCACACCGAUGUGGGUAUAUCUUACAAAACUAAAGUGACAUUUCAAAGGAUCGUCCAGGUCCUUGGAUUGUUCUCCGGCCAAAUGGUGCUAUCUUCGUUAGCUUGGAAUAGAUAUAUAGAUAUGUAUCAAGAUAUGUUAGAGAACUGCACUGGAUACGAUGCGUGGAGAAGGGAGGAUACCUUCAGAUCUGGGACGUUUUUCUUCGCCACCAGUUUGUGGAGGAUAGUCAAUCCGCACAGUUAUUUGCAUUUGCUGUCACUUGCGGUGUUCUGUGAUAAGAUGUGGGUGUUCUUGAAGACUGUUCAUUAUAGCGGUUACGUGGGUUUAGUUAUAACGGUGGGUGCGUCUGAGUAUUUGGUCGAGAGCAUUAGAGCGUUCGUUGUCAACGGCUGAAGUUUUGUGCCAUGGGUGCUGGUGACAAUUGCGGUAUUACUUCAUCCUAACGAGUGUGGGUGAUGACUGAUUGGGUAUUGAAGAUUGCGAAUAGGUUGAACGCAGUGACACAAUAGUGGCCUUCGUAAACCAUAUCGACUCGGCUGGGAUUAAAGCUUUGGAAUAUGAUCUUUAUGUUUUGUGACAUAUAGCAAACUUUUCAUCAAUUUGUGAACAACGAAUGGUCCACUUAUUUCAAACAAACCCUUUAUGUGACAUGACAUAAAGUGCAUAUUUCAAUGCACUAAUGAUAUGUGACAUAUAGCAAACUGGUCAAUAUUUUUAUGUCAGUACUAUGAUAGGUCCGUCACGUCCAGGUCCAGUCGUCGCACAUUUAAUGUCACAUAAUAUGUGAACCAACAUUUCAAUACUUUAAUGGAGUCUGUGUCGAGUCGAUACGAUCUUAGCCUGUUUAGUUACUUUUCUGGUGCCUAUCUGUGGCGAUCUGUUAUUUUAGUGUAUAACCGGCGCUGUCAUAUAUUGCGUUUUGUUUAAAGACGGCCGGUAAGUAACUUGUUGGAUAAGUUCCUGAGGUUUCAGAGUCUUUUCUGAUAGUUAAAUAACAGCCCGCCACUGGUAAACAACCAGUGACGGGUUGUAAUUUUAGUGAACAACUGGCAUUUGCAUAUUAUCUAGAGACGACCGGUUGGUAUCUUGGAAAAGUUACUGAAACGGUGUAAAAUU